UUCUUCCAGACAGCCAUGGCCGCAGGGGUCCCGAUCUCCGAGCUCUGCGAAGAAGUGACUUGUUCCAUCUGCCUGGAGUAUUUCAAGGACCCCGUGACGGUUGCGGAGUGCGGGCACGAUUUCUGCCGAGCCUGCCUGACGGGUAGCUGGGGGGGAUCGGAGGCAGAGGCUUCCUGCCCUCUUUGUAGAGAGACCGUUCAGACAAGGAACCUCCGCCCGAAUCGGCAGCUGGCAAACUUUGUCGAAAUAGUGAAGAAACUCUGUCUUUUGGAAGAGAAGGCGGCAGAAGCGAAGGGGGGAGAAGCGAGGGAGGGAGUCUGCGCAAAGCACCUGGAGCCCCUGAAACUUUUCUGCCAAAAUGAACAAGCCCUCAUCUGCGUGGUCUGUGACAGAUCCGAAGAGCACAGACGUCAUGAGGUGAUUCCUCUGGAGGAGGCUUUCGAAGAGUACACGGAUAAAUUCUGUAGCUCCCUUAACAUUCUGAUGAAGGAGAAAGAAAAAAGAAUGGCCUGUAAAGCAGACACAGAAAAGGAAAGCCAACGUUUGCUUGAGCAAACAGAAUCUGAGAGACAAAAGAUAGUGGCUGAGUUCAGGAAACUGCAUGAGUUUCUAGAAGAACAAGAGAAACUUCUGCUGGCCCAGAUGGAAGAGCUGGAAAAGGACAUUGCAAGGGAAAGGGAUGAGCACCUGGCCAGCCUCUCCACAGAACUAUCUUCUCUUGAAAAGCUUGUCCUGGAGAUGGAGGAGAAGAUUCACCAGCCAGCCAUUGAACUCCUGCAGGAUGUCAGAAGCACCUUGCAGAGGUGUGGGAAGUUUGAGAACCCCAUAACGUUGUCCCUUGAACUGAAGUGGAGGAUCCAGGACAUCUGUGAUACAAACCGCUUUCUGGAGCUUGUUAUGAAACAAUUCAAAGACACUCUGUUAUCUGGACUUCAGCUGCAGAAAGCAAAUGUGACUCUAGAUCCAGACACGGCCCAUCCCCACCUUAUCCUCCCAGAGGAUUGUACAACAGUGAGAGAGGGAGAUGAACCUCAAGAUGUGCCUGACAAUCCUGAAAGAUUUGACGAAUUUGCUGCUGUGCUGGGACGUGAGGGGUUCACCUCAGGCCGCCAUUUCUGGGAAGUCACCGUGGGACAUGAGGGAGGGUGGGCUGUUGGGGUUGCCAGAAAGUCUGUGAGGAGGAAGGGUGUUCUAAAGUUUAGUCCUGAGGAAGGGAUCUGGGCUGUGGAGAAGUGGUUAGGUGGGUACAAUGCUUUCAUAAACCCUCAUUAUGAACCUCUGACCCUGAGUGGAGAGCUCAAGAGGAUCCGAAUCUAUUUGAACUACUAUGAGGGGAGAGUAGCCUUUUUUGAUGCAGACACAGCAGCCCCUCUUCACACGUUUUCGGAGGCCUCCUUUUCUGGAGAGACACUUUCCCCCUUCUUUUGGGUGCGUUUAAAAGCCCAACUUGAUCUCUCUCCAUAAACCAGUCAGACUUCUUUCAUACAGGCCUUGCUGCUAUUUAAAAAAACAUUUAAAAACACAGACAGUAAUUUCCCAAGAGCUCCUUUUUGGCUCUGUAAAGGCUACAACAGGCUUGCAGUCACCAAAAUUAAGUAAAAUGAUUUACAUUCUCUCCCCCCCUCCCCGUCUUUUUGUUCCUCUGGUUACUACUUCUUUUUUUAAAAAGUCAAACAUUCAGUGUGAUAAAUAAUACUUGAAUCUGUUCUAAGGAAAAAGCACAUGUCAAAAUAUUAGUCAGGGGUGCUGAGGCAAUUUUAUUAACCUUCUCAUAUGUGAAAUUACAUUGUAAAAAUAUGUACAGGUAUUGCCAAAUGAACUAAUAAAAAUGUUUCAGUAUUUCUUAUCUCCCCCUCCCCUGUUUCCAGUUUUCCUCAGACCCCUAAAUGGCCAUGAAGAUGUACUAUCUCAUGGCCAAAUAUGUACUACCUCAUGGCCAGGCCUCCUGCCAGCAGCCCUCAUUACCUGCUACUAGUUGAAUAGCAGAGGAGGUACAAAAAGUCGGCAUUUUGUGUGCUGUUCCAUCACUUCUAGGGAAAAUCUGGAAAUGACAUUAGGUAGUCAUAGGAAUCACUGGAAACUCUAUGGUUUUACCAGGGGAGAUGUCAUGGUGUAUGCAAUGCUGUGUACCCCUCCUCAUCUCCUCAAACUCCAGUCUCCUGCUGGCUGUCAAGUAUGGUCCUGGCAACCCCAGGUACAAACCACAGGACAUGCCAUCCCUGAGAUGAAAAUUGCUGACACAUGAUUGCAUUAUAUGCUCCAGCUGUCACCUUUCAUAUUAGAUAUGAGGCAACUUUUUAAAGAUUACUUUGCACAUUGACUAGCCAGAAACACACACUAGGAAUGCAACUCUGGCUCAGGACAGAUCUGUAUGUAAAAACAUUGUUUUGGUAUAAUUUGCAUUGUAUAUAUGGACAUUGUAUCAUAUUUAAUGGUAAUGGAACUAUACACUGAUUACAUGCCCUAUAUAUUUUUGCAGAAUGCUAGCUGAACACCACUUCUUAACAAGGGACUUAAGGGCUAUAUCUUUUAUUUUAUAUCGGGGCCCUCUAUCUUUUAUUUUAACUAUAAACAGCAAUAUUUUGGAGGGCAUUCUAGAAUUGACUUAUACCAAUAUGUUUAUUUCUAUUUUUAAUUUUAGGCUCCAUUUUUAUACUACCUGGCCUGACCAACAGUAUUUUAUAUUUAUUAGUCAUAAUUUUUAUGCGUGUGUAACAACAAAUUAGACCAUUUGGUCUUUGUAUAUGUGCGAUCAAUUUUGUGACUUGGUUCUUUUAUAUGUGCCAACAAUUUUGUGACUCUGUGUCACUGAUGUUACUAGGUCUCUAGGUUUUUAACUUUGUUCCAUGGUUUUUAAUUGCUUUUGCACUGUUCAAUAAAUAUUUAUAUUUAUGUA